AUGGGCUUGAAGCAGCGACUUUCGAAAUGGCUACCCUCCUCGCCGAGCCUACCUCUAGAUGACUCGUCGCGCGAAAAGGGUCGCAACGUCUCCAGAUUCGCCUUUUUCAAGCGGAGGAUACGGCUGAAGGGCAACUCGUCGAUUUCGAUACCCCUAGGAUUCGUGCUCCUCUUCCCAUGUCUCGUGAUAGUUCUUGUCUUGCUUCUCUUCGUCCGGCACCCGGCGUCCCCUGGGGGAAUCCUCAUUCCUGCCGGCACGCCCCCAUCGAUAAGGAAAAUCAGCGAAAAGUACGAUAAGGUCUUCGCGACGGGAUGCCGUCAAGUUGAGAAAGAGGUGGAAGGCAAGCGAGCCAACGCCGCAUUCGUCGUUCUGGCUAGAAACAAGGAGAUCGACGGCGUGGUCCAGUCGCUCAAAUCCAUCGAGAGGCAUUUCAACCGAUGGUUCCACUACCCUUACGUGUUCCUGAACGACGGUGAUUUUGACGACGACUUCAAGAACGCCGUGAAGAACUAUACCAGUGCUCCCGUGGAAUUUGGAAAGAUCGAUGACAGCAUGUGGGGGUAUCCCAAGUGGGCCAACGAAGAGGUGGCCAAAGAAGGUAUCAGAAAACAGGGUGACGCUGCCAUCAUGUACGGAGGAAUGGAGAGCUACCACCACAUGUGUCGAUUCUAUUCCGGGCACUUCUACAAGCACCCCCUUCUGAUGAAAUACGAGUGGUACUGGCGUCUGGAGCCCGAGAUCAAGUAUUUCUGUGAUAUCACCUACGAUCCCUUCGUUAAGAUGGCCGAGGCCAAUAAAACCUACGGGUUCACCAUUGCCGUCAAAGAGCUCCGCGAGACCGUCCCCAACAUCUUCCGAUAUGCGUCUGCUUAUAAGCGAAAGAACAACCUGAAAUCAAAGGGCCUGUGGGAGAUGUUCCUCGAAAGGGACCCCGAGGAAGAGCCCAAGCCUGAGGAGGAGAAGCAAGACAAGCUCCCCGAGGAAAUUUUGCAGAACGAACCCGGCGAGAACACCGUUCCCGACGUCGACCCGGAGGCCAUGGAGGGCGAGAAAUAUAACAUGUGUCAUUUCUGGAGUAACUUUGAAAUUGCACGCCUGGAUUGGUUCCGCAGCAAGGAAUAUGAGGAAUUCUUCGAGAUGAUGGACCGAAGUGGGGGAUUCUGGACCGAACGAUGGGGUGAUGCGCCGAUUCACUCACUUGCCGCAGGUGCCCUCCUGUCGCCCUCCGAUAUCCACUACUUCCGUGACUUUGGCUACCGCCACACCACCAUUCAACACUGUCCCGCCAACGCUCCUGCCCGUCAGCUGCCCCGAAUUCCCUGGCUUGAAAUGACCACGCAAGACGAGAAGGAGCGGUUCGAAGAGGACGAGUACUGGGCGAACGCCGACCCGGUGAAGGAGAACGGUGUCGGCUGCAGAUGUAGAUGCGAUACGGAUAUUGUGGAUGUCGAGGGCAAGCAAGGCAGCUGUCUCGCCGAGUGGGUGGAAGUUGCGGGAGGCUGGGCGUCGCCCUAG